AUGAAAGCUGUUUAUUUCCUUGCAGCAUUUGUCCUUUUGGGUUUGGCUUCCAAACUUGCCUCAGCCUCUGAUCCCAGCCCUCUUCAGGAUUUCUGUAUAGCAGUUAAUGAUGCCAAAAAUGGUGUUUUCAUUAAUGGCAAGUUGUGCAAGGACCCAAAGCUUGCAACUCCAGAAGACUUCUUCUUUUCAGGGCUUAAUAUUCCAGGAAACACAUCAAAUCAAGUAGGAUCAAUGAUCACUCCAGUCAUUGUUUCAGGACUUAACACUCUUGGUAUAUCUCUUGUUCGAAUUGAUUAUGCACCGUACGUUGGUCUAAAUCCUCUUCACACACACCCUCGUGCCACCGAAAUCUUAGUUGUUGUCCAAGGCACACUUUACGUCGGUUUUGUUACGUCAAACCCAGAUAGUCGUCUCUUCACCAAAGUGCUAUACCCUGGAGAUGUCUUUGUUUUCCCACUAGGUCUGAUUCACUUCCAGUUCAACAUAGGGCAUACCAAUGCGGUUGCCUUUGCUGCUCUCAGUAGCCAAAACCCAGGGGUCGUCACCAUUGCAAGUGCAGUGUUUGGCUCAGACCCGGAUAUCAAUCCUGAUGUUCUUGCCAAGGCCUUUCAACUGGACAAGAAAAUUGUUAACCAACUUCAAUCCCGGUUUUGGUCGGAUAACGACAGUAGGAAUUAAUGUUAACUUCUACAGCCCCAUCAAACUUAACUGUGUACCCAAUUCUCUGCUAUUGCUAAUUUUAUUUUCAAUUUAAUUCAAAUUUA